AUGAUAUCUGUUAAAGGGAUUAUUGAAUCUUUUCAUGUUCAUUUUGUUGGUACAGAAACAAAUCGGAGUUUCUGGGAGUGGGUUUAUCUCGGGUCAAGGAUAUUCAUUCUAUUGACGUAUAUUUUACUUCAUUCCAUUGUUUUAAUAGCUAGAAGAAUAAUCACAUCCAUUAUCACAUGUCCUAUUUAUAGAAGAGUCAAAGUGUUCAAGAGAAAUUUUUUCAAGAAUGUGCCGAUUGUAGGUAAAUUUAAAAUAUGUUUAUUGGAUAAAUGGGAUAAUUUCAUUAUGGAGCAACUUUUGCCCUUCUUUGAAAAAAUAUUACAAACAAUAGAACUUUGUUUCCAAUUAUAUGUUGUUGAAUUACUUUUUAAAAACAAUGAAAAUGUCCAAAUUUUUUUCACUGAAGAUAGUGAACCAUUGGAAUUAUUUGAUGGAGAGGAACAAUUAUCUACUCUAUUGAUUGCUAAUCAUCGAUCUGUAAAUGAUUACGCCCUGGUAAAUUAUCUUAUUCAAGACGAAAGCUUAGUAAGAUAUACAAAUAAGAGAGAAGUUAUUAAUAAACUAUGGAAAGAAAACAGAACAAUUGUUCCCAUUUUGAAUUUCAUUUCUUGGGGUAAAAUAUUUAAUUUCCCUAAAAUUUCACUUUUGAAAAAUAUUGUACUUAAAGAUGAAAAUGCUUACCUUAAAGAGGAUGAAUUUGAAGAUCAUUUAAUGACAAAUAAUAAUCAAGUAUAUGCCAUUUUUCCUGAGAUUAAUAUCCUGACUACUGAACUUGGAUUUGUUCAAAGGAAAUUAAAUCAGGAAUAUAUUUUUGUCACUAAAUUCUAUAAUGUUCUGUAUCCUCGUUUUAGAAAUUUUAUUACUGUUGUAAAUUGUUUUGGGUUUGUUCAAAACAUUAAGAAGAUGAGACAUAAUUAUAUCUUUAAUGAGACAAAACAAUAUUUGAACGAAAAAUUCGAUAAAAUUUUGUUGCCAACAAAGAAAGAUGAUCGCAAGAAAAAUGAAGCUCAGGUUUCCAUGAUCCUAAGUGAUUCUGGGUUAUUUGAAAAGAGACCCGAAGACUCCUCCUCCAGGGAAAACAAACCAGUCAAUAGAACUUCUUUGUCCAAUUUCAAAUUAAAUCCUUAUUUUUAUGACUUGACCAUUGUAUAUUACAGACCAAUUAUUACUAGUAAAGGUCAUAAUCAUACUACGGGGAACAUGAAAAUACAUAAAGGGUAUCAAUUACAACAAAUUGUUCCCUCUUUCUUAGAUUUAUUAAUGGCCAAGAAACCACAGAGAGAUAUGGGAAAGACAACAACAAAAACUAAAACUAAAAAUCAUAUAAAGGAAGAAGAAACGACGCCAACGGACCCAGUAGAAGAGAUUGGUCCCAUUAUAAUAAUGGUUCAAAUAUCCAAAUGUAAAAUGGCACCGCUUUUACCAUUGAAAGAUAAAAAAUUAGAGAGAUGGUUAGAACAAAGAUGGGGUCAUAAAGACAAACUGAUAAACAUAAUAGAUUCUAAGAUAGAAGUGAAGUGA